GUAAAUCCUAUUGUGAUGCUAAACUGAUUUUUGGACGAGACACAGAAAGAGAGAGAGAGAGGGAGAGAGAGGGAGAGUAGGUUUGGAUUUGUGUUUGAGCAGAUCUGAUUCGGGCUGCCUCUCGUUCAUGUGGAAAUUUGAUGGCCUUCUCCUCUCCGUAAACUUUUAGGACUCCUUUCAGACUCCUACGGGGUGUUUUUUAGGAGUUUCUCCGGCGGAGGAGCCGCCGCUCUGCGCGCUCCAGGAAUGCACUUUGCAGGAAACGCGACUCUGUGCACGGACACCUCCUGCUCUCUUCGCUCUUAACGAGGAGUUAUAAAUGAAUGACGGCAAUGCACUCGUGAAGGACAGCUCGUUUUCUUCACACCGGUCCCCCCUCCACCUCCACUUUAUCCUCCUCAGGCUGAGGACAUAGGAGCCGGGAGUGUGCGCUCCCCCUGGCCAGGCAUGGAGAGCGGUGGCCGGGCGGGGCUCCAGCAGGCGGCGGGCGGUGGAGGAGAAGGAGGCGGCUGGGUGUUGGUGGAGGCCCGGCUGCAUGGAGGAGCGCCGUGGGGCUUCACCCUGCAGGGUGGCCUGGAGCACGGAGAGCCGCUCAUCAUCUCCAAGGUCGAGGAGGGCGGCAAGGCGGACAGUUUGGAGCAGCCUCUGCGGGUGGGCGAUGAGAUUGUCAUCAUCAACGACAUUGAGCUGACCGGGUACCGUCAGGAGGCCGUCGCUCUGAUAAAAGGAUCGUACAAGACUCUGCAUCUCACCGUCCGCAGGGAGCUGGAUCCGGGAUACAUCGAAGAGUUUAUGCCUUCAACGGUUUCUCUUUCUGCUCUUCCUGCUCCUCCUCCUCCUUCUUCCUUUCCAUCGCCGCCACCACCACAAGAACAACAGGAACAAAAGACGCACCGGUCAUUACAUCACAGCCCACCAUGUUCGGCAGUCCAACUACGCAUCAGAAACCGACGCACUGAGCCGGCAUCUCGUCCUCAUUCAUGGCAUUCAUCGAAGCUCGAUGAAGGCCAGCAGGAGCUGGACCCGGGAGCAAUGGACAGCAUGAGCAGCACGUGGCACCACAACUACCACGCCAGUGUCUCGACCAACGAUCUCUCCGGCGGAUUCGACUCUGGCUACCUGAGGAAGAGUCCGGACCAGUACAGCUCCAGGGGCAGCAUGGACAGUCUGGACCAUACCCAGUCCUCCCAGCUUCACUCUGGAGCUCAGCACCAGCACUCACUGGCCCACCACAGACUCAGUGGACCCCACCCGGCCUACUCCUCCUGCCACCAGCUGUCCUCAGCCAGGUCGUCCAACAGCAUUGAACACUUGCACAGCAAGAGAGACUCUGCCUAUUACUCUUUCUCCACUAGCUCCAGCAUCCAAGAAUACCACGCCUCCACCCCCUCAAUCAGCACAGAGCGCUCCAGUUCACUGGACACCGUCCCUCAGAGAGCAGGAGGAAGUGGCGAGACGCACCAGGCUGACAUGCGUUACGCCCCGUCAGUUUACGACACCCAGCAGGGCAUCUUUCAGGAGCGCGAGCUGAGCUCCAACUCUGCCGUGUUCUUACGUAACAGCGACUCCAGAAGCGGGGGCGGAGCCAGGUCAGGGACAGUUCGAGAUCUGGAAGGUUCAGUUAGCGGGGUCUGUUACCGUGGCAGCAGCAGCAGCAGCGGUGGUGCACCGGCAUCAAACAGACACAGUGUAGGACCAAUAUGGGCCCCGGCAGCCAACCGCAGCUCCUAUGAAAACCUGAAGGGGGCGCCUGCUCCACCAAGGCGCAGUGAUAGCUAUGCCGUUAUCAGGAGCCACGAGAGACCAAACUCCUGGUCCAGUCUGGAGCACGCCAGAUCACUACGUUCUCUGCAGAAAGGCUCCUGGCAUCACUCCAGUGGUAACGUUGCCUUAGCUAAAGGCUCGUAUGGUGCUGAGGGUCAGCUCCACACGGUGAUGGAGAAGAGUCCAGAGAGCAGCCCCACCACAAGGCCCCGUCAGGGUGGAGGCUUUCCUCAACCCCCGUCCCCUACCGGGCCUUCCUCUGGAUCUGCAGGCCCCACGCCACAGGCCAGCCGGUUUAUCCUUCCUACCAGCAUUUACCCUGUUCCCCAGCCUGAGCCACACUAUGCACAGAUGCCCAACUCUCCCAGCCCAGGCCCCUGUGGAGUCUACCCAGCCUUGGCCAAGGAGAGCAACCGGCAAACGCAACAUGAAGGAGCAACAGAGGGGCAGAGAGAUGGAAGGAUGUCAGCCACAGAAAAUGGAUACCAAACUAACACUUCAUCCUACCCCCACAGCUCUUACCCAACAGACAGGCAUCAACAGGAAGAGUCCAGCUUUGGACCCUACAACCCACGCAUCAAAACUACUGGAGGGGGAACAGAGAGCGAGACAGUGGUCCAAAGAGCCCAGAAUCAUCAGAGCAUCCAAGAGCAGAAACAGGAUUUCCAUAUUCCCCAAAAUUACUCAGCCCCUGAAGUCAGGCGUGCAUCAUCACAGGAGAGGAGCAACUCCUACGCAGCUGUCCAGUCCUUGGGAGACCAAAACAGAUCAGUAGACCAGUCCAGCAUUCAUUCAGAGCCUGUAGCAUCUUCCAGGCUCACCCUUGGACAGGUUCCACCUGACCACUCACCUGGUCAGGCCCAGCCUCAGGCUCCACCCUCUUCUGCCUCACACCAUUCUCCCCAGCACCUCAGCGACUCAUCUGCUCUGCACUACCAGAACUGGGACCACAGAGAGCAGGACAAAGACAAAGAGCACCCACUGACCCGCCUGGAGCUCGCCCUUGCCGAGGUCCAGCGGUGCGGCAGCCCUGAAAGCAAUGCCCCCCAAGGGCCCGCUCGCAGCCUCUCUGUUUUGGAGAAAGUCAGUCGCUUCGAACGUCAACAACGCAACGGAAAGCAGCGCAGUCACAGCACCUCACACAACAAGGCCCAUCUACGGAAUCAGAUCACAGACAAAGGCCGCAGCGCUCCUUGUGGAACAGAGGACCUCAGAAACAUGCUGGAGAGAAGCACCAAGGGCAUCAAAGUCCAAAGGACUCCAAGCUACAGAGGAGGCAGCAGUGAGCAUAUGAAACACAGAACUCCAACAGAUCCAGUUUCAGCCCUGCAGAGGAGUCGCAGCAGCUUCCAUCUAGAUGGAUCCAAGGAGGAGGACAGCAGCAAGAACUUGCCCUGGAGACAGGAAAUCCAAGAGAUCAUGGCCCCAAUGCAGGACACAUCCACAAACAGAUCUUACAGGGACUCCUUGAAAGACGCCCAGUCUAAGGUCCUACGAUCCACCUCCUUCAGACGGAGGGACCUCACCUCAUCGGGCAGUGCCCAGCCUGCUCCAGCUCCUCCUUCUGGCUCCUCCUCUGGCAGCCAGCAGCCUCCACCCGUCCCUCCCAAAUACCACUCACUGGAGAAAAAAGGCCCCACGACCAUGCCAAAGCCACGGGGCAUUGUCAUCACGCCACAGUCACAACCUCUGGUCACUUCCGCUCACACACCCAAGGAGAGGCACUUGGUUACUCCCGAUGUUCGAGGCUCUAGCCCACCACCCCUCCCCAGCGUCCCACCCGUUGGACAGCCUCCUUCACGGCGGAUUUGUGGCCGCAAGCGUUUGACGGCAGACCAGAAGAAGCGCUCAUACUCAGAACCAGAGAACAUGAAUGAGGUUGGGAUUUCUGACCCAGAGACCAUGUCCUUAUUCCGGCGUGGAGGAGAAACCAGUGUGGCAGACCGUCGGAAGGUGUUUGAACCUGCUGCAGGUUCUGUUGGGAGUGGAGCUUCUCAGAAUGCCAUAUCAAGGCCCGACCUGCGACAAGUGCAGCAAGAAGCUCUCGCUAAGUACAUAGAGAGGAAGAGAGGCGUGAGGAAAGAUGAGGGAGGACAGAGGAGCAUCUCGAGGCCUCGCAGUGCUUAUUUUCAGCCUGAAAAUGUUAACCAUGCAGCCUCCUCCUGUUACUCAGACUCCCUCAGCCUCUCCUCCGCUUCCAGCCUGCUCUCCCUCCAAGACCCAUGUCCAGCUUCUCCUCAGGGGGAGAAGCACCCCAACUCAACUCUUCUUCCUGACCUGCGGAGCCACCAGUCUAACUUUUUCUACCCAGGCAGGGUCACCACACCGAAGCCACCAGCUCACCCACCAUCAAGCACGCCUUCUGGCUCAACUCUUGAUCAGAUCUACCAGGAUCUUGUUCCUGAAGCAGAGCUCAGGAGACACAGCCAGUCAUCCAUCAGAGAGCCGAGCCUGGGCCGUGAACAGCAAGUUGCAGAGCCUCAAGUCAACCGGGGACUGUCUAAGCAGCUCAAUGUUGCUCUGCAGAAGGCUGGGUCAGUUCACAAAACAGGGAAGUCAGCCUCAGCUGAGAAUCUCCUGGAGCGAUCCGAGGACACGCGAGCCCCCCCUCAGCACUUUCGCUCUCGUUCAUCCCCCAUCAUGGAGAGACUAAAUGAGGACUUCCUUCCAGACGAUGUCCGGAUGUUUGGCGUCUUCAUCUCAGAACAUGAACGCUGUGCUCUGGCUGCCGACAGACCUGCAAACGUCCAUGUACCAGAAGGCUUCAUCUCUCCAUCCCAGAACAGCAUGAACACCUCCCAGCCCAUAGGACCCUCUACAGGCUUCUCCCAAACACCGGUCAUUCGUAAGGAACGGCAGAGGAACAGCGAGCGCCAGCGUGCCCAAAGCACCUCCACCUUGGCAGCCUCUGUUGGCCUGCCCUACCCAUUGUCAACACCCAGGACUCAGGAAAGAGGCAGCGAUGAGUGGCAAUCAAGCGAGAGGUUGAGCCAGGCCAAUCUGGAUGGCAUCACUUUCCCUGGCAUCCAGCAAGUGAGCGUAGGCAGUGGUGAAGAAAGUAACAUUUCUGGUGUUGAACGUGAAAAACAGAGUAGACACAGUUUGAGUGACGCCACCCUGUUACAGGACACCGCAAAGCACACUUACAGAGGCAGAGCCUCCAGUUUAGAGAUAAGAGGCGGACUUUCUGAAGAAAAUGUAAAACCAGGUUCCCCAGUGACACCAACCUCACCUAAAAGGAAGGGUAGCGGAAGCAGCACAUCCUCUCCUCUGCCGUUCUCCCAUCCGACUGUCCACCUGUCCUCACUGCGAAUCUCAGAGACCAGCCUCUUUGGCUCCGUCAGCCAACAGCAACCUCCCAAAACUUCCACAGGCACACCACUGGAGGACUAUGAUGAGGUCUUCCUCCAAAAUCCUGCACCACCUCCUUCUCCACCUUUUUCUCCUCCAAUCAGGGAGACAAACAUCACUGAGGAUUUCCCUCCUCCACCUCCUCCUGUGGAGCUGGAGCUGGAGGCUAAGGAGGAGACAGUGGGAAGUUCCACUUCGGAGUUCUCCACCAUUUCCACAAGAAAGUCUUCCCCCCAGUUUUUACCAGUCAGCUCUUCUUCUGUGCCCAGUCAACUUCCUUCAAUGCAACCCUCCACCAUCACUCCAACCACCACAUCUGCCACCACAGAGGACAACCUAAGCCUUGAGUACCAGCCGCUGCCCAAAAGGGAGAAGACAUCUGAAGAGCUGAGAGUGGAGGCUCUGGCUCAGCAGUUGGUGUUGCAGGACCCCUCUCUAGCGCCCCUCUUGGACACGUGGGGAGGUAAAUCCACUAUAGAGCUAUUGGAGGAGAUCUUUCCAAACAGCAAACUGAUUGGGAAAUCACAAUGGACCCACAGAGGCAGCAGCCAAGAGGAUGACAGGACCCAGGCUGGCAUCUGCGAUCCUGCUCAGAGCACGGCGGCAGAUCAAAAGAAGGAGCCCAAUCUGGAUGAAGAAGAGAAGGAUCUCAACACCAGGAAGGUGGAGCUGUGUGAAGCUCUUAGGAGCAGCGUGGUGGCUCUGAAGCGGGAGAAAGAGGCGCUGUGUGAGGAGCAGAAGCAUCACAAGGCGCUGGGGGAUAGCAUCGACACAAUGGUGCAGGACCACCUCAAAACCAACGAGAAGGACAAGUACAGCGUGUUCAUCGGUGAUCUGGAGAGGAUCGUGAACUUGCUGCUGUCUCUGUGCAGCCGGCUGUCAAGGAUUGACAGAUCUCUGCUCGCUCUGCAGAGAGACGGGCUGUCGCCAGAAGAAGCGGCUGAAGAGAGGGACUCCCUUAAUCACAAGCGCUCUCUCCUCCUUCGCCAAACCGAAGACGCUCGAGAGCUGAAGGAGAACCUGGACCGGCGGCAGCGCGUGGUCCACGCCAUCCUGUCCAGUUACCUCAGCGAACCCCAACUCCAAGACUACCGGCGCUUCGUCAGCACCAAGCCCUCCCUUCUGAUCCGCCAGCGACACCUGGACGACCUCAUACGACGGGGAGAGGAGCAGCUGACGCGAUUGGCCGAGAGCCUACCAGCAGAGCUGGCAGAGGCCAACGGCUGGCCCGCAGCAAGCCCCGUGCCCUGCUCUUCUUUGUUUCCACCACUGCUUCCACCCGCUGCAAUUAUAAGCCCUAGCCACGUGGUCAGAUCUACCACUGUGACAUCACUGUGACAUCAUGAACACGAAGGACAGGUAGCACCAUAAAAACUGAAGGAGCUUUACACGAAGGAUGCCCCAAAACAGGCUCCGCCCAUUUUGAAUUGACUAUGCAGACUUCACACAUGAAGAAAAGCCUUUAAUGUGCCUCUUUCUGUUCACGCCUGACUGCACAUUAGGCCUCUGUUCACCUCAACGCCAGCAACUAGACAAUAUUUCUAACCACACUCUGCUGGUUGAGUGAUUUUAAGGUCAGAGGAUUACCAGGAAAGUUUAUCAUCAAAUCCUUCAAAGGACAAUUCCAGCAUGGUGGAUGAUUUUCUCCAUUUUUUUAAACACUUAGACCUCUUCUGCUUUUUUUUUUU